CAAAAUACCCAAGAACCAAUGGAGAAGUGGGGAAUGACGGGGACCAGCUGAGCUAAAGUGAAGUGGAUAUUCAGUUGGGAUUCUCUCUGCUCGGGUAGCAGCUGCAUGCCCUCGUCACUCUUAACAGUGCUCGUGAGGAGGCUGCCGUAUCAGGUGUGCCGGUUCUGUUAGUCCUUUUUGGUCGUCGUCAAAAUGGUGAUCAAAGUGUUUGUAGCAACGUCCUCGGGGUCCACAGCGAUUAAGAAGAAACAGCAAGAAGUAGUGGGCUUUUUAGAGGCCAACAAGAUUGACUUUAAGGAAUUGGACAUAGCCUGUGAUGAAGACAAUCGGAAAUGGAUGAGAGAGAAUGUUCCAGGUGAAAAGAAGCCACAAAAUGGAAUCCCACUCCCUCCACAAAUCUUCAAUGAGGAACAGUAUUGUGGGGAUUUUGACUCCUUUUUCUCUGCAAAAGAAGAAAAUAUUAUUUAUUCAUUCCUAGGGCUUGCUCCUCCACCAGGCUCAAAGGAGGGAUGGAUUGCCGAGGAGGCACCAGCUGUUCCAAAUGGUGAAGUUGCAGGAGAAGAGCAAAACACAGCAGAAGUAAUACAAGAGACUGAAAAGUCUGAAGCUAAUGAAGAGAAUGAGUUACAUACAGAAGACGAUGCAGGUGCUGAUGCUACCGAAGUUCCCACAGAAGAACAGGAAGAAGGUGAAGAACAACCGGCAACAGAAGAAGAAGCACAGGAGGAAGAGGAAGUAGAAGAAGAGGAAGAAGGUGAAGAGGAAGAGGAGGAAGAGGAAGAAGAAUCUUAGUACAACUUAGUAUGAUGUUUUCCUUCAAAAGAUUGUUCAGGAAGCAGAAGCCCAUGGUAACAUCACAGUGUGAAGAUAAAACAAUCACUUUCCUUUCAUCAUUGCCCUUCUUUCCAGCACCAGAUAUGGACAUAAAUGUGAGCUGAGAAAACAAGCAGCCCCACUCACAAUCUUUAUAUGUUUGCUAUUCUGGCUUUGUGUAAAGUCAGUCUUGAGAUCUUCAGAACUUGAUGACCAACAAUCAUUGCAGGUCUGAUUUGGGGACAUAGGUUCCAGUAGGCAGUGUUUGUUUCAGUCUCCAUGUUUAUGCCCAAUCAGACAUACACUAGCAACAUUCAACAGUGAUGACAAGACAGUUCAGAACUGGAAACUCUGAAGAAGCUCCAUAUGUAUGUGCCAUAAGCUGCUUAUCCCUAAACUAGCCUUUGAAGUGUAUGUUAUUUUUAAUGUACAGCAACUGAAAUAAACACUUUUCAUGCCAGCUAUUUGUGUGUUCCCUACAGGCACUAAUUUAUCAUAGUAAGUGAAGCAUCAUAAAAGUUAAAAAUGUAGCUUGAAUGGUGCUUUUGCUUAAAUUAUAUGCAGAAGAUUUCUUCUCUCAUAUGUAUUUUCAUGCUAUCCAUGUACAAUAUUUGAUUUUCUUGUCAUGACUUCAUUUCCCAUGGAAAUGGAGAUUUGCAAAAAGUAGUAGUACUUGUAGAUUUGCAAAAAGUAGUAGUAGUACUGUGAAAUACUCACUUACUAAAAGUCAGAUUAUCAGUUUUCCCCUUGUGCCACUGAAAAUGUUAUUUUCAGUUCUACCUGUAUUAUACUGUAAGUCUGAACAUGGAUUGCAACUCAUUAGUUCAGGGCAAAAUCUUCUGUCCUAUUCACUUGCAGUCCUUCUGGAUUUGAUGAGGCUGCAGUGGCACUGGAAAAUUCUUUAGUAGAAACCCGAAUGAGAAUGAUGGGAAUUGGCCAAAAACACAUUAUAUUAUUUCAAGUGCCCAGUUCAUUGUACCUGGUAUUUAUUUUGCAAUUUGAUUAUACCAGUAGCAUCAGGUAGGGAAAAUGACGUUACUGUUUCCUUGAAUUGCCUUCAUUGGUCUCCAGCCUUUUGAUGAUUAUAUUUGGACAAAUAUAACUCCAACUUGAAAAUCAAGAUCAAAACAUAACAAGCAUUUAACAAGACAGGUUCCGUGGGAAGUUAUGAUGAUGUGAUCUCUCUCUUUCCCUCUCCCUCCCUCCCAGGGUUAUAAAGUGCUCAAGCCUUGUUUAGGGAGACAGUUGCCUACAGAGCAUUACAUAAAUCUGAUACCAUCACAACCCAUUUACUCCAGAAGAGCCUUAUUUAAAUGAACAAGGCUUCUCAAGAGUAAGUGGACUAUGGUCAAAAUAAAGUUUCCUUCCUUUCUUGAACUGUGAUGCACAUAAGCACUUUGCUUGAAGUUGAACAACCUUCAGACAGAUUUAUACAAUGCCCUAAAAGUGUUAAAAUAGCCUCGUCCCACUCUGAUCUUGCAUAAUUUUAAAUAUUUGUGUACCUGCUUUGACUAAAUGACUAGUUUUUGGUUUGCAUUUCUGAAUGAGAUUCCAGGUUUUGGUCUCCAUUGGGGAGAUAUCUAUCUUCUAAGCAUGGGGAGCCCUCCAGUGUGCAGGCAUUACAUAUAAAACCACCAAUGCAAGAGAAUUUUGUUUUGAUGAAAAUAAUAGCAAUUCUUGUUGCCUAUUGUAGGUUUGGGUUGGCACAACUAUACUGUCAGCAGGACACUGCCUAUUACCAGUUGAAAUAAGACCUUAAUUGUUGAUUACAAUGAAAUUAUGGAGCAUUAUUGAUGUUGAUGAACAUCUUUUGUUAUAGACUUUAUGAGCCAGGGCUUUACCAGUUGACUGUGUAGCCACUUUUCUAGGCUUUUCUCUGUUUUGUUAUGUAUGUUAGCUUGCUUUUGAGUUGUUUCUAGCUGCAUGUCAUAGUGAGUGAGACACCCCAGUGUCUGUAAUGACUGCUCCGUAUGUUAUAUGUUUUUCCUCUUAGUGCUCUUGUAUGGUGUAAGAGCUGCUGCUGACCUCAGUGUACUUAAAAGUGACUUUUUAAAAUUCAAA